AUGUGUGUAUCCCUAGAUGCACAUUGCCCAUUAAAAAUAACGUGUGUAUCAGACGUUGGCAAAUCAUCAGAUGAGGAGGAGCUGUUUGGCGGAGACUAUAGCGAUUUGGACCCCGAUUAUCAGCAGCCGCCCACAUCUAAGAAGCGCAAAUGCUUACCAGUAGUUGAUACUUCAAGCGACUGGGAAUCAGAUGAUUUACCUUUAGCGAAUUUUGUGCAAACAUCGAGAGAUAAUGCUAUACCAGGUGGUGAUAAACGUUACACUUGGAACAAAACAGAUUUCCAACACAUCAGAUAUCCAAAAGAUGUCUUUUUUGCUGGAGUAGACGGAGAAUAUUCCCCUCUGGCUUAUUUCGAAAAAAUUUUUGACGAUGAUUUGUUUGAGCAUAUUGCACACCAAACGAAUAUUUACUCCACACUGACAACUGGGCGUUCUAUUGAUACUACAGCUAAUGAAAUAAGAUCGUUUGUAGGAAUUGAGUUGAUAAUGGGUGUAGUCCAAGUGCCAGCAAUCGAAGACUAUUGGGCCAUAGAAACGAGAUAUAGUAUUAUUGCCGAUGUUAUGCCUGUAAAGCGCUUCAAGAAAUUGCGAAGACGCAUACACUUUCAGGAUAACAAUACUGAUCCGCAAGGACAUAGAUUAUUCAAAAUUCGUCCCCUUAUAGAAAAACUGCGACAAAAAUGUAUAGCUAUCGAAGAGGAAGGUUUGUUUUCUAUAGAUGAAAUGAUGAUUGCUUACAAAGGCAAGAAAGCUGGAAGUCUGCGCCAAUAUAUGCCUAAAAAGCCAAAGAAGUGGGAGUUCAAGAUGUUCGUUCGAGCAGGCGUGUCAGGGAUUGUGCAAGACUUUCUCAUCUAUACCGGCUCUAGUACUUUUGACGAAAUUCUAUUUUCAAAGGAGGAACAACAAAUAGGACUUGGUGCAAAAGUGGUACUUGUCCUGUGCAGAACUAUUCAGAAACCAGAAGAGUCUUUUGUCUAUUUUGAUAACUUCUUUUGUUCAUUGGAACUAAUUGAAUACUUGAAGAAAAAUAAAAAAUUGGCAAGUUUUGGGAACCAUUAG